AUGAGUCUUCCACUUAGCAACCACAGCACAAUUGAGCUCGCCCUGUCGCAUGGCUGCACAUCUACCGAAGCAGAUGUCUGGCUUUACAACGACACUCUAUAUGUCGGACAUGAUCACUCCGCUCUCAUGGCCUCGAGAACGCUGGAGUCCUUGUACAUCAACCCAAUCUUAGAUGUUCUAGAGCGGCAGAACCCAGAAAGUCCGUUCGUAAAUAAACCGACUAAAAACGGUGUUUGGGACACCGACACUGAACAAACAUUGUAUUUCUUCAUUGACGUGAAAACAUCCGGGCCCGAGACUUUCAAGGCUGUGAUCGCUGCCCUAGAACCCUUUCGAAAGAAGGGCUAUCUUACCACCCUGAAGAACGGCAAGACCAUUACCAACGGACCAGUCACUGUCAUUGGCACAGGGGGAACACCUCUGGACCUAGUAGCACCCGUCAAAGACCGUGAUUACUUCUUUGACGCCCCGCUCGCCAAUCUCACGGAUCCCGCAUAUGCCGACAUUACUAGAACUGUGUCGCCUGUGGCAUCAACAGAUUUCCAAAAGACAGUCGGCAAGAUCACCAGGGAUACAGACCCUAUCCUGACAGAUGCCCAGCUCCAGGCUCUGCGUGAUCAAAUAUCUACGGCAAAUGAGCGGGGCAUCGGAGCCAGAUAUUGGAAUACCCCGUACUUCCCGAUUCGAGCCCGAAACCUAGUAUGGAGGACUCUCUUACGGGAAGGUGUCAUUUUACUCAACGCCGAUGAUCUCGAUGCCGUCACAUCUCUCUUUUGA